CCACACCCAAUCUCUCACACAUAUACACCACAUACAUACAUACAUACAUACAUACAUACAUAUACAAUACGUAUGACAUAUAUAUAUACAUACACGCAUAUAUAUAUAUAAGCUGUCACACCCUCGUUUCAUUCUUCCUUCCUUGGAAGAAUUCAGAGAGAGAGAGAGAGAGAGAGAGAGAGAUGAAGAAGGUGACAAUGGGAGGAUGGCUAAUGGUGGGGAUAUGGAGUUUGGUAGCGUAUUUGAUGUGGAGAGCGAUGAAUUGGGUGUGGUUCAGGCCGAAGAAGCUGGAGAAAUACUUGAGGGAACAAGGGUUCUGCGGAAACCCUUACAGAAUUCUGAUGGGAGAUAUGAAGGAUAGCAACUCCAUGGAAAGACUUGCUCACUCCUCUCCUCUCCCUCUCGGCUCCGAUAUUCUUCCAAGGAUGAUGCCUUUCGCCCACCACACCGUCAAAAAAUACGGGAAGAAGUGCUUCACGUGGCAUGGACCGUAUCCGAACGUGAUAGUGAUGGAGCCGGAGACACUGCGAGAGAUUCUGUCCCGACACGAAGUGUUUCCCAAGCCGAAGAUCGGAUCCCACAACCACGUCUUCAUAAGCGGUCUGCUCGAUCACCAGGGCCUUAAAUGGUCCAAGCACCGCACCAUUCUCAACCCUUCCUUUCGUAUCGACAACUUGAAGAACAUACUACCAGCUUUCAACACGAGUUGCAAGGAGAUGUUAGAAGAAUGGGAGACAUUAUUACCAGAGACAAGAGAUUCAGUGGAGCUUGAUUCAUGGCCGUACUGUCUGGGCUUGUCCAAACGCAUGCUUUCUCGAGCUGCUUUCGGCGAUCGCUACAAAGAUGGAAUCAAGAUCUUCGAAACCCAGCAAGAACAGAUCGAUCUUGGCCUUCAAGCCAUUCGAUCCGUCUACAUUCCUGGAUCCAGGUUUUUGCCGACAAAGUUCAACAAGAGACUGAGAGGGACCGAAAGGGAAAUGAGGGCAAUGUUCAAAGCUAUGAUCGAGGCGAAAGAGAUGGAGAUAAACAGAGGAGGAACCGUUAAGAACGGCGACCUUUUGUGCUCGAUGUUGACUUCGAAUUCCAAGUUGAUCAAAGAGCAAGGACCCGAAUCUGGACUGACCAUCGAUGAUCUAAUCGAUGACUGUAAAGCCUUCUAUCUCGCUGGCCAGAACGUGACAGCUUCCUUGCUUGUCUGGUCACUGGUUUCCCUAAGCCAAUAUCCAGACUGGCAGGAAAAAGCGAGAGCAGAGGUCUUUCAAGUGUUCGGUAAGAACGAGCCGGAUUUCGAAGGGCUAAGCCACCUGAAAACCAUAUCGAUGAUCCUCCACGAAGUUCUGAGACUGUACUCACCAGCUUACUUCACAUGUCGGAUAACCGAACAAGAACUGAAGCUGGAGAGGUUCAGCCUGCCUGCAGGAGUCGUGGUCACGAUACCGAUGCUUCUGGUUCAUCACGAUCCCGAUCUCUGGGGUAACGACGUGAAAGAAUUCAAGCCCGAGAGGUUUGCCAACGGAGUGGCAAGUGCAACAAAGGGAAGACUUUCCUUCUUACCGUUCAGUUCGGGACCUCGAACAUGUAUCGGACAGAACUUCUCGAUGCUGGAAGCGAAGCUAUUCGUGGCCGAGGUUCUUCAAAGGUUCAGGCUUGAGCUCUCUCCUUCAUAUACUCACGCUCCUCUCCCAGCUGCGACAACGUUUCCGCAACAUGGAGCUCAUAUCAUCAUCCGCAAGAUCUAAGAAGAAGAACGAUAUAUAUAAGCACCUGACUUGUGUGUAUGUGUACAUAUAUAUAUAUAUAGCUCCUAAGCUCUUACCAAGGUGAAACAUGGAGAUCCAUACCUACAAAUAAGAAGUUUUUCACCUUGUUUCGCAUUCUUGUCACGCCAUAGAUACUGACUCUUUGUCGCUUACCGGUCCCCGAAACAGGGUUUGGAGUACGAAUCCGAGCAACAAAUCCAUGUUUUUCGGGAUUUAAUCAGGGAACCAAAACAAAACUGUGACAGAUACAGUUGCCUCUGAGGCAUCAUUUUACAAGAACAAAGGAAUCUUUCUGUUGUUGUACAAGUAAAAAGUGUUAACAAAUUGCUGCAAAGACAAUAGGCACAAUGCCCUUUCUGUGCUA